ACAUGAUCUUGCAUUGAAUUACAGCAGUAGGUCGUAAUGGUAGUUUGUUCUUAAAAUUCCAAUUCUAUAUUGUGCCAAAUUAGCGCACACGUUGCAUAAGAAUAUAUUGUUUCCGACUAUCAGCGACUGUUCUGUAAAUCCAGCUGCAUAUUGAAUGUUGAGAUUGCCGAAAGGCCAAACUCUUUGGCAAUGUCAAGGAGUGGAAUGUUAGAUAAAGAGACUGGUACUCAGUUUAGUGCAGGUGUUGUGCCGAAAAUCUCACCCCUGACAGAAUUAUCCCUCCCUUCACGUUCUUCAUUGCUGCGACUUGCUUGCUAGUGUAACAGUUUUUCUCCCCUACCUGGGCUCUGCACAGAUCGACAACAGCCACCCUCGAAGCAUCGCUACCCAUCAAUCCACAAAAGCCGCGGCCAUUGCAGAGCAAGGGGAACAACUACUUCAAGGUCUUAGAGCGGGUGCCAUCACCGACUGAAACGCUAUUAGCGCGCACCCCGCUAACUAGCUAGCCAGUUCACAUCGGUUACACUAGUUGAGAUUUCUGCUCUUCGCUCCGUUGUCAGUUUAGCGUACAUUUCACUGAUUUUAGUAGCAUAAAUAAUUUGUCUGAACGCUAUACGUUCUCCGGAAAAUAAUGAACUAGGUGGAAGGUGUGUCCCACGACGUGCAAGUAGUAGUAGACAAUGGACCUGAUCGGACAGCUCAGAGCCUCUGCUCUUUUCUGUCCAUUAGAAACAAUUGGAUUGGUGGAAGAGGCAGGCCAGGAGCAAGGAAGGAGGGUGUGGUCAAGCAAGGCAUCCCCGGAGGCUAGAUGCCCUAAGGUUUUUAUCAGAACGGGCGUAGAUUAGUUUCGCCUUUUUUCUUUUCCCGACAUGAGUUUGUGGUGUUUUACUUUAAAAAAUAAAAUAAAAGUAAAAAAAUAAGGGAUAAAAAAACGUCAUUAAAAUUAUAGCUCACAACUGUGCCGGGGGAGCGGGGUGGGGGCAUUCACAUAUCUACACAUUUUCAUACACACACAUGAUAGUAUUAUUAUUAUUUUUGUGUUUUUUUUGUGGGGGGUUUUCUCUCUCUCUCUCUUUCCUCUCUUCUAGGUCAGUUUCAGCAUUGUGGACAUAAGGUGUAUCUGUGGCCCAUGUGGCCUGUCCCACGGCUUCCUUCAAUGAUGGGUUGUGAGUGGCUCUGUUGCCCCUAGUUGAUUGUCCCUUUUAUACCAUGGCUAUAAUUCAACACAUUUACUGCUAGAAAUGUGUUCAUUUGCAGGUAGAAAUGUGUUCAACAUCCACUGAAGUAGCUAGCAAGUGUAUAGUAGAUAGCUACAGUAGUUGCCUUGGUAACCAAACAAACCGACAUGCUAGUUUAGUUAACCAAACCAUCAGUCUACCAUCAGUCAUAUUCUAUUAUGAAAAUCGAGUUCCAAAAAUUCCAAUAAUGUUUUCAAUUCGGCUUUUGCUUUCAAACGCAGCUCAAACAUAGACCAUUUAAGUGAUAAUGCCCGAAGCCAGUGUUUGGAGAAUAUAUUGGCACGCCUCGAAGCCGGUGUUUGGAGGAUAUAUUUUUACUUGCCCAAUGUUCUAAAAUGUAGCAAGUUUCGAUAGUAACCAGGGGCUGUCGCACACCGGGUCGUAGGAGCCGCUUCAUAGCUCGAAACAUAAAAUAUAUAUUUCAUACUUCACUUUCCAACACCCGUGGAAAUGUUUAACAGUCUUAUCGGGGUAUUUGACGUGGACCCUUUCUUCUCCUCGUCAAGGGAUCCAUUCCAGGCACACAAUACCCGUGUACAACAGAUGAUGCGGAGUUUCUCAGAGCCCUUCGGUCGGGACUUCAUGCCCAGUCUGACUGGCGGGCGGGAAAGGGGCCACGUAUCCGGGGGCCAACUCAACACUAGCAUGGUGCCAAGGGAGGACCACAGGGACAUGGAUUCGAAGAAUCCAUUCAGUAUGUUGGACAGCAUGAUGUUCGGCGUGAGGAACAGGAUGGAGGACAUGCACAGAAACUUUGAGAACCUGUCCACAGACUCGAACGGCAACACCAACGCCCACUCAUUCAGCUCUUCCUCAGUGAUGACCUAUUCCAAGGUUGGAGACGAACCCCCCAAAGUGUUCCAGGCCUCCUCCCAGACACGGCGCGCCCCUGGCGGGAUUAAGGAGACUCGGCAGUCCCUGAAGGACUCAGAGAGUGGUCUGGAGAAGAUGUCCAUUGGACACCACAUCCAGGACCGAGGACACGUGGUGGAGAAAAAACACAACAAGAGGACAGGGGAGCGGGAGCUCAACCAGGACUUCCAGAAUCUGGAUGAAUCCGAGGCGCAGUCCUUUGACGAAGAGUGGCAGCAAGAGGUGUUUAAAUUCCGACCAUUUGCCCCCAAGUCCCGUCUGGAGGCCCCCAAGCCUAGGGUGGUGCAUCGGGCAGCCCUCACUGCCGCCACCGGCCCCGACCAGGGACGUAGGGACAAAGUAAAACCAAAACCUGAAGGAAGGAAAAUACACAUCGACGAUCUCAAAGUCAAAGGAUCAGGCAUGGCGAAGCAGUAGAAAUGUCUAGCAAAUAAAGCUACGUCAGGCA